AUGUCCUUAAAACGCCUAUCUUUUCUCAUCUCAAUCUCAGUCUCCCUAGCGACGAUUUGCUCGAAGUCAGACUUUUCGCCUCUAAAUGAAGUCGCAAAUUUCACGCUGGCAGCUUUGCCUUAUGGCUAUGAUGCUUUGGACCCUACAAUUUGGCCUGGCCAUCUCUAUUAUCAUUACGCUCGUGAGCACGCUUAUCGUCUUAACUCAUUGAAUACUAUAUGUACAAAUAAUACAAAUUAUCAAAAAUUAAAGGUAACUGAUCUCUUGAUCCAAUAUGGGACAAAAGACGAAGCACUAGGAAGAUUCGCUGGAGGACACUAUGGCCAUUCUUUGUUUUGGUGAAUACUUAUAGAGUCCUCAUGCUCUGGGAAUGGGCCAACUGGGAAGCUAUUCAACGAUAUUGAAAGUACGUGGGGAAGCUAUAACGAGUUUGUGGAAGAAUUCACAGAGAAAGCAAAUACAGUUUUUGGGUCUGGAUGGGUGUGGCUUUCAGUAAAAAGCAACAAUGGAAAUUUGGCUAUAGAGACUACUGAAGACGACAAUUCUCCACUGGCUGGUGGGGAAAGCUACCCUUUUCUAGGAAUUGACAUGUGGGAGCACGCAUACUAUAUUUCUUACUUAUACGACCCAUUUGACUGGAUUGAGCAUUGGUGGACUAUCAUUGACUGGGAACUAGUUGAGUACUGGUAUGAACAAUACGCGAGUCAGAAAACCCCAGUGCCUGUCUAA